GCGGUCUCGAAGGGUGUGCUAGAAACGCCAUUUUGUGCAGAGCAUAAGCGAGUGUACGGUGAAAGACUCGGGAUCGCGCGUAUAUAACGACAUUGAAUUCCAGUCGCUGGACGGCCCGUUAUCUUCCAGAAGGAAAAAGAAUCUUAUCGUAUGUCCGCUAUCCAGAACCUCCAAACUUUCGACCCUUUUGCUGAUGCAACGAAGGGUGAUGAUCGUCUCCCGGCUGGGACAGAAGACUACAUCCACAUAAGGAUUCAGCAGCGGAACGGCAGGAAGACUCUGACUACCGUUCAAGGAAUUGCAGAUGAUUAUGACAAAAAGAAACUAGUUAAGGCUUUCAAAAAGAAAUUUGCCUGCAACGGGACAGUUAUUGAACACCCAGAGUAUGGUGAAGUGAUCCAGCUGCAGGGUGACCAGCGGAAAAAUAUUUGCCAGUUCCUGACAGAGAUUGGCUUGGCAAAGGAGGAGCAGCUGAAGGUUCAUGGAUUCUAAAUGCAAUGGUUACCUCCUGUCCCUUAACUAAUACUUGAUGUGUUGCUUCCCCUGCACGCUUAUAAUGAUGGCUUCUGAAUGGAAAGACUUAACUUGCUACCCUCUGAGCAGGGUAGUGAUCCAAUUUGUAUAUGGACAGAUGGCCUGUGUGAUCAACUAAUGAUGCAAGAGGAACUACAGUUUUAAUUUACCUUCUGGUCACCUUUGUAUGCUGCUUUUAAAGCACUAUUCCAUAUCUGUUUUUGUACAAUGUUUCAAUAAACUAGUAGAUAACA